AUGUCAGACUCAUCUCUCCAGCCAGACGACUUUCUCGUCCUCGAUCUCGCUGCAUCAGACGAAGACGCCUUCCCACCAGACGGGCUGCAGACCGCCCUGCCACUGACACACACCCAGGCCGUGACACAACCCACACAAGCGACACAGGCGGAGACAGAGUCCGAUGAGGCCCUGACUGCGACAGCUGCGGUUACUGCCACCUCUCUUAUUACCACGACUAUCACCGCCACCACCGCCGCUACUACGACUCCUACCACCGCUAAGGCAGACUCAAGUACAGACGGAGACAUUUCAUUGGUGCUGGCAUCAGGGGGACCAUGCACAUUGCUGGCGGACGGCCUCAACAGUCAGGACCACCACGACGAACAUGUCUUCCUUGACUUUGUUCACGACCCACUUUCACACUCAACCCAGGAUCAAAUCGUAUCCGGAAUAGACACUGGCGGCGACGAUAGCCAUGACCCGCACACAGAUUCUCGGCUCCCAAUCACACUGGACUCUCAGGACCCUUCAUUGGAGGACAUCGAUAUCGAGAGGCCAUUCGUAGACCUACUUGGAACUCACUCGACCACCCUUACUUCACUCGACUGGGCAACCACUUCGCCCCAGCAAGUAUACGGCUCUCUGAUGGAUAUGGAGCUGUAUAAACCUUCCUCGCCAUUAUCGACAACAACACAGUCAUUAUCAUUAGCAACAUCAUCAACAUCACUAUCAGCUCCCACAUCACCACCAUCACAGCAACAACAACAACAGCAGCAGCAGCAGCAGCCGGUGUCUAUGUCAUCCUCGUUACUUGGAACAACCACUACGGCAUCGACCGUAUCCGACAACGUCCCUUCCUCGGACUUUGUUUCUCCGGAUGUAACCUUCCAGCCGAACGGUAUUUACGUCGACGCUCAAUCUGACAGUGAGCCGCUUGGAACAGAUACAGGAUCUUCGAACAUCUCAGGGAAACCUACAAAGCCUGUGCACCCGUCGAUUUUGAGACCAUUAACACCGGAAGAGGUCAUGGUGCCGAUUGCCGUUCGGAGGAGUAACAGAACGAGGCAGCCAUCUACCUUGGCGGUACAGAGCAGCGAAUAUCUGAUGCAUUCCCAAGGCCCGUAUGAGCCUGCCACCCCAGGCCCAUCUGCAGCGGGGUCAUCGGCGUUAACAUCAGCAUCAGGAGCAGCGCCGGUCGAGCGAAUGACAAGGUCCAAGAAGGUGUUCCACGGAGCAUGCGUCGAUAUCACGGAAGAGGUAGCGGAGAUGAUGGAGCUCAAGAACGAAAAGUUUUUUUGCGAGCCCUGUGACGAUAGAGUGCAAGCAUGGAAGAGUACCGGCUCCGCAGACAUUGGCAACGCCUUUACGGUUUACUCGGACUCACGCGACUGCGACCUUCCGACAUGUCUGAACGAGGCUCGCUCCACAAGCGACUACUGUAGUGAAGAAUGUGCCAUCAAGGGUAUCGAACUUCAAGCGACCGAGGCUGUCAUGAACAAGGAGAACAUCCCUCCUGUGGUAUACAUCCCCACCCCGAAGCGAGUAUCGAUAUCCACUGCGUCGUCCUCAAGCCAGCCCGAAUCGCCCAAAGUCGAGCAAGACCCCAUCCGUUCGACCGCACUGAAGGGCCUCACAGAAUGCCUCUUAAUAGGCCUGGAGCUCAACUCUGAAGGCGGUGAGCCACAGGCAGAAAGCAGCGAGCAGGCCGACAAGUCAGGAAUCUGUCUUGGAAAGGGGGCUGGAGUGACGGGAGCCGCAUUGGAUGAGGAGCAAGCGAACCGUUUAGCCGUAGCCAUUGAAAAGGAACUCUAUAGCUUUACGGCGUCGCCGGGAUUCGCUGCUUGUGGGAGAGAUUACAAGGCCAAGUACCGCUCUUUGUUCUUCAAUUUGAAGGAUAAAAACAACGUGAGCCUUCGCGCGCGGCUGGCGUCUGGAGAGUUGGAGCCUUAUGACCUUGUUCGACUCUCGCACGAGGAGCUUGCGAAUCCAGAGUUGCAGAUUAUCAACAAGGAGAUGCGCAAGAAGAGCAUCCACAAUUCUGUUUUGACUGUGGAGGAGGAGCCGUAUAUCAAGAAAACCCACAAGGGUGAGAUGAGCUUUGUCCCGAGAUUGUUGUCGGUCGGCGGUCCAUCUACUGUACCAUACCUUGACCACACCCGGAGCGACGACGGCAGUAGUGUCAGCAGUGGUAGUGGCGGCGAUGAUGAACACUCUCCCAACAAUAACCGCACCGAGGACAUCCACACCUCCAACAACACCACUCAUAGCCGCGACAUCAACACUAGCAACAACACCACGGAUGGUCUUACGACUGAAUCGCCGAUGGAAUAUGAGGAAUCCUCAGCUGGCAAGCAACGCGACAAGGAUACACAUGACUCCAACAUUAAUUCAGCGACGGGAUCGCCCACUGGGGAUGUUUUGGACAAGCUGCUGGCCAGAAUUCAAACUAAUAAACGUUCCAAUGAGGGGACUACAGGCAACACUUUCGCAAGUGACAAACGACAAAGAUGGACGGGCGCGGAUGACUACGGAAUCGAGGAUGCUGAGCAUCCCGAGACAUCAUACCUUCCCAGGGAACCAUCGCCAUACUCGCCCUCUCCGCCAGGAUCACCCGCCGUGCACUCUACGACACCACCGGACUCGCCCCCGCCCUUCUUGCUCGAGGAUAACCAAAAGGCCGCCCAAAUGAUCAUCAUGGACCGUGAUGCUCAUCGCAAACAAUCAGCAGUCUGGGAAGGUUGCCUGUCCAUGCAUCAAGUUGCAAAGUUCUCAGCCAAGGCGGUCCAGAUUGGAGGGCGAGAACUUUUUGGUGGCCAGGAUGGAGGAGCGUCGAGGCGGCAAGCAUGGAGUGAUGUUUUGACGAAGGAUAUUGCAGUAGAUGGACGCAUCGGAAUCGCUGCUGUCGAGGCCUAUGUUGGCAAGCAGGCUCAGUCGGCCACCAAGGAGAUUGUUGUCCUCAAGUUCGAGACCCAAGAGUCGUCGUCAUUGUCGUCAGUUCGCCAGCGAGUCGAGUUUGACAAGCUGUUCGAGUACUUCUACGCGAAACGGCGUAACGGAGUCGUGCCACAGCGGAGUCGCCACAUCAAGGACAUGUAUCUUGUUCCAUUGGCAGCCAAAGACCCACUCCCAGGGUAUCUUCGUGAGUUGAUUGGCGAUGACGCAUCGGUCCGCGAAACAGUUCCAACGAACUGUCUGCUUGGAGUCUUAGUCCUCAACAAGGAGCAAUCCCACUCUCACUCAAAUCAUCCUCACACCCGCCACGCGCAACCACAGUCUUUGUCGUCGCAGUCCAAGUCCACAACACCGACUUCCGGCCGGCGUCGCCAUGCAAGCCCAGGUGCCUCUCGUCCCUACCCAGACCCCCACGGACACCAUCACGACAAACGACCAGCGGCAUCCCUCGGACACUCUUAUCCUGGUCACGCACAGCUCUCUGGAGAAACUAUCCCACCCUUGAAGGCUCCAGCCUUUGGCUCUGGAUUGCCAAACAUAACAAGCGUUGCCCCACACACUGCUUCACAAUCAGGCCCAAAACUGUCUCCAGGCGAUCCCUCACAGCCAUCAGUGCCUGUGUAUACACCGCAACCUAUUCCUAGCACGACGGCAGGAGGGCCUAUAAAGAUUCCCUCCUUACAGGAGCUGCAAGGAUUGGUGAACCAGCUGUUCCCCAGCACAAGGUCUGCAUCCACUCUGGCAACAGGGCCACCUGGCGUUGACUCCAGACCCAUCUCGGCACCGGGACCUACAGCUGCUGCUGCUGCUGUUUUCGCGCAGCUAAGCGGAGCCAAUAUGUCGAGCCUUAUGGCCAGCCUCCCAGCCAGUAUGAGCAUGAACCACCUCCGUCAGCCUGAGCACCAGCAGUCGCUGGAACAGCACGUGGCCUCUGCCUCUCCUUCUCAGGGAAAUAUGUAUGCCAUCCCUCCAGCGCCACCCGUGUUUCCUCCAGGCAUGCCUUUGCCUCCUCCUCCUGCUGUUCCUCCCAAUUUCGUGCCUUUGCCGCCAUACAUGAUGGCCCAAUACGGAUUGCCUAUGGGACCUUCUAUGAACCCAACGCCACCCGCUCCUCGUCCCCCAAUGCCGCCUGUUCCACCCAACCCACAGCAGUAUUUUGCGCACUACUUUUCUGGUGCUCAGCACUUGCCGCCGUCUGCUCCUCCCAACUCCCACCCAUUUGUAGCUCCACCGCCUACCUUGAACGCACGAAAUCAAGGCCCACGCGAUCCACGCUAA